AUGCAGAUCUCUGUUUCUCUCCAAUUCUUGGCCCUCACCUCUCUGCUCAUGCCCCUGCUUUUACCUGCCGCCAUAGCCUACCCCGUGAAAAGGUUCAAUGACUCUACGAAUGAGCAUGCAGUAAAAAAUCCGGAGGAGAUAGCCACUAUGGUCGAUAUGAGCAUACGCAAUCAUACGGAAAGAAGGAAUUUGGGUUUCUUCUCUUGCGGGACGGGGAAUCCCAUCGAUGACUGCUGGCGGUGUGACCGGAACUGGCAACGCCACCGGAAACAGCUGGCCAACUGCGGCAUUGGGUUCGGACGCAAUGCCAUCGGAGGGCGGGACGGAAAGUACUACGUUGUGAGCGACCCGAGCGACGACGACCCCGUCAACCCAAAACCAGGCACCCUCCGCCACGCCGUCAUCCAAGACGCUCCCUUAUGGAUUGUGUUCAAAAGGGACAUGGUCAUCACUCUAAAGCAAGAGCUCAUCAUGAACAGCUUUAAGACCAUUGAUGGCCGCGGUGUCAACGUCCACAUCGCUUAUGGGGGAUGCAUCACUAUCCAAUACGUCACCAACGUCAUCAUCCACGGCCUGAACAUCCAUGACUGCAAACCAACUGGCAACGCCAUGGUUCGUAGCUCGCCUUCGCAUUACGGAUGGAGGACCAUGGCUGAUGGAGAUGGAAUUUCCAUCUUUGGUGCGAGCCACAUCUGGAUUGAUCACAACUCACUCUCUAAAUGUGCAGAUGGUCUUGUUGAUGCUGUCAUGGGUUCGACUGCCAUCACCAUUUCCAACAAUUUCUUUACUCACCACGAUGAGGUGAUGCUUUUGGGUCACAGUGACUCUUAUGUGAGAGAUAAGCAUAUGCAAGUGACCAUUGCCUACAACCAUUUUGGGGAGGGCCUUAUUCAGAGAAUGCCAAGAUGCAGACACGGGUAUUUCCACGUGGUCAACAAUGACUACACCCACUGGGAAAUGUAUGCAAUUGGUGGCAGUGCAGAUCCCACCAUUAAUAGCCAGGGGAACCGAUACCUUGCCCCUCAGAACGCUUUUGCUAAGGAGGUGACGAAGAGAGUUGACACGGAUCAAGGAGUAUGGAAAAGUUGGAAUUGGAGGUCAGAGGGAGACCUUUUGCUGAAUGGUGCCUUCUUCACUUCGUCAGGUGCUGGUUCUGGAGCCAGCUAUGCCAGAGCUUCAAGUUUAUCAGCCAAAUCAUCUUCUUUGGUUGGUACCAUCACCUCUGGUGCCGGUGUUCUUAGCUGCCGGAGGGGUUCUGCGUGUUAAUACCAAAACAAAGAUAGAAUAACGAAAGAAAAAGGACAGAGGAAAGGAAGAAAGUAAAGUUCUCAAUCUUUUUCCUCGUUUAUUGCAUUUUCUAGGUGUAUUGAGUGAGUUUGCAACCAUUUUGGUCACGUCUGUCCCCAUUUAGAUAUUGUAAAUGGGAAAGAAAAGGGUGUACAUUUCUUUUAGUGUGUCAACUGUCAUCAAUUUGAUAGCAAUGAUUGCUCACAAGAGGCCAUUCUCCCAA